AUGAAGAAUAAAUAUCCCGUUCUUCCCUGGGGAGUCCGGCGCAGCGGCACUCCGGUAGAUCCAUCCGCGACCGUCUGCCCCGACCCUGCUUGGCAGCUGGGCAGUGGGCGCUGCCAGGUGCGCGGCCGCCAGCCAUUGCACACUGCCCCGAGCGUCUACAGUGCUGCUCAGGUCCCAGCGCCCUUGCAGCCCCGCCCCUACUGCACAGAGCUCACGGGAGUCACGAUGGACAGAAGUUGGAUCAAUAGUAGGCUAUUUGGCAAGCCACAUCUGGACGGGGUCAGUGAGUUCAUGAAGCUUGUUUCAGAAAACUUUGGUGCGGAUGAACAGAUACUCGGAUUUCUGGACAUAAAGGACUGGUGGAUCUAUCAUGGAGAACCAAUGGAGGACACAAUGAUUGAAAAUACUGGCCAUCAGGAUGAACAGAUUGAUUUCACCGCGGAUGUUAAUUUGAAUGAGGUUGAAGAAGGCGACCCUAAUGAUAGAAUUCCUGAUAUGAAAUUAUGUGCUAAGACUUUGAAGAUAGAUGUUUUGCAUAGAAUGAAAGAUGAAAUCCCAAUCAUUUUGUGCAAGCUGGAGAGAAUAUUUCCUCCUCCUUUCUUUGAUGUGAUGCUACACUUGGCUGUUCAUUUACCUGAUGAAGCAAUCCUAAGAGGCCCGGUACAAUAUGGAUGGAUGUACCUAGUAGAAAGAAGGUUGUAUACUUUGAAACGUUUUGUUAGAAACAUGGCAAGACCAGAAGGAUCCAUUGCAGAAGCAUAUGUCGCUAAAGAGUGUUUGAUGGCUUGCUCGAGGCUGAAAUGGAAUCCAUUCUUCUUUGCGAUGAGAAGACGCCAAGUUGUAAAGACCCCUUCUGAAGUUGUUGCUCAAGUGUUGCCGAAAUCAAAAUUUCUUCAAAAUAUUGGCCUUCGGCCAGCAGCCCCCAAGAGAAGUUCUAAAGCCAUUAAUGAUGCACGGGUUAUAGAACUUGAAGCAGAAGUUGCAGCUGGAAAGCAAGACAAAGAACUAAAGGAUGAGAUGGAGACUUUGAAGAAGAAGAUGGAGGAAUCGAGAAAAUGA